AUGAGUGACCUCGACAAGGCGAUUGCGCAGCUCCGCGCAUGUAGACCCAUACCCGAAGCCCAAGUUCGCGAAAUCUGCCACAAAGCGAGAGAGCUUCUGAUCGAGGAGGGCAACGUCGUUACCGUUACCGCCCCUGUCACGAUAUGUGGCGAUAUCCACGGCCAGUUCCACGAUCUCAUGGAACUGUUCCGCGUCGGCGGUGACCCUCCCGACACAAAAUAUCUCUUUAUGGGCGACUUCGUUGAUCGUGGCUUCUACUCCCUCGAAUCAUUCCUUCUACUCCUCUGUCUCAAGGUCCGAUACCCAGACCGGAUGACCCUCAUUCGUGGUAACCACGAGUCGAGGCAAAUUACGACCGUUUACGGUUUCUAUGACGAAUGCCUUCGAAAGUACGGAAGCGCCAAUGUAUGGCGGUAUUGUUGCGACAUUUUCGACUACCUCGCACUCGGUGCGAUCAUCUUGGGCGCCUCAAACUACCUCUCAUCAGAACCCGAGGAUAAGGAUAUUGAAAUCCAGGUCUGCGAUCAGAACGGUAGCGUAAUGAGCCGAUUCCUGCGCCGGACUCAGGAAGCAAACAGCUCUCUAUCGCAGCAGGCCAAAGCCUCAAAUGGUGCGGCCAGCGGGGGUAAAACAGGCCCUCCCGGCUCGGGCGCAUCCGGAUCCAGUGGUGGCACACUGGGAAAUCCCGCGGGAGCUGUCCUGUGUGUCCAUGGCGGCCUCAGCCCUCUUAUCGAUACGGUGGACAAGAUCCGCCUACUUGAUAGGAAGCAGGAGGUCCCCCAUGAAGGUGCCAUGUGUGACCUGCUAUGGUCCGACCCAGAUGAGAUUGACGGAUGGGGCUUGUCGCCCCGCGGUGCGGGAUUCUUGUUCGGCGCUGAUAUUGUCAAGGUCUUCAAUCACCGCAACGACUUGUCUUUGAUUGCUCGCGCGCACCAGCUUGUCAUGGAAGGUUUUAAGGAAAUGUUCGACUCGUCCAUCGUCACCGUCUGGUCGGCACCGAAUUACUGCUACAGGUGCGGAAACGUUGCCGCCGUGCUCGAACUGACGGAGGACGAGGGAGGCACCGGUGUGUUCCAGAGGAGCAAUGGCGACGUCAAUAGGAGCGACGGCGGUUCGGGCGGGUUUAGGGGAGUGAUGGUUGAGAGCGAACAUGAACCUAGGAGCGGGCCUGCAAGGCGGUACCGAGUUUUUCAGGCGGCUCCUCAAGAUUCUAGGGGAAUGCCGGCGAAGAAGCCCGUUGCUGACUACUUCUUGUAA